ACUAAUUUGAUCCCCAUAAGGCUCAUGUGGCAAGCUUAAUAUUUAUGAAUCCUUUAGAGGAAUGAGAAUUUCUUGAAAAACUUGGGUCUAGUCUCAAUAAAGAAACCAUGGCUAAGAUUCAAAUCUCGAUAUAUGUUGGGUGUUUAGCAUGUUCUGUGAUUCUUAAUGUGUUGCUUCUGAGCAAUUAUGUGUAUGUGGGUGGGAAGGGGGAGCUGAGUUGGAGCAGAAGAGCAGCAGAAGAAGCAGAAGCAGUGGCAGCAGUGUCAUGCUCAGGCCACGGAAGAGGGUACUUGGAUGGUUUGGUUGUUGAUGGAAGCCCUGUUUGUGAGUGCAACUCCUGCUUUGGAGGCCCUGACUGCUCUCAAUUCGCGCCUGAUUGUGUUGCAGAUGCUGACAGUGGGGAUCCGCUCUUCUUGGAGCCCUUUUGGAUCCAGAAUGCUGCUAGCAGUGCCAUGCUAGUAGCUGGGUGGCAUCGGAUGAGCUAUACGUUUACAAACCAGUCGUUGAUCUCACGACUCCUCGAAGAUCACAUUCGAAAACUACACACUACUGUCGGAAAUGCAGUGACACAAGGAAGGUUCAUUGUCUUUGGCGCUGGCUCAACCCAACUCCUCAAUGCUGCAGUGCAUGCCCUUUCACCAGACAAUUCAUCAGCCCCAGCUAAAGUAGUGGCAUCCUUCCCUUUUUACACGGUUUAUCAACUACAAACAGAUUUCUUUAGAUCAGUGAAUUUUCAGUUUCAAGGAGACGCAUCCCUGUGGAAGAACAAAUCAGACAGUACCUUGAAUUUCAUUGAGUUUGUGACUUCGCCAAAUAAUCCUGAUGGGCAGCUGAAAAAGGCAGUGCUUCAGGGUCCACAUGUGAAGACUAUUCAUGAUCAUGCCUAUUAUUGGCCGCACUUUACAGCAAUUCCAGCUCCUGCGGAUGAAGAUCUCAUGAUAUUUACCCUUUCUAAGCUUACUGGUCAUGCAGGCACUAGAUUAGGAUGGGCACUGAUAAAGGAUGAAGCUCUAUACCAGAGAAUGUCAACUUAUGUGAAAAUGAAUAUCCUAGGUGUUUCCAAGGACACACAGUUAAGAGCUUUGAAACUCCUUAAAGUAGCCCUGGAGGGGAGCGGAAAGGAAAUCUUUGAAUUUGGUUACACAGCAAUGAAGGAACGCUGGGAAAGACUGAGCAAUGCAUUAUCAGAGUCAAAACGUUUCUCUAUUCAGGAAAUUGCACCACAGUACUGCACCUUUUUCAAAACAGUCAGGGGUCCUUCUCCAGCUUAUGCAUGGUUCAAGUGUGAAAGAGAAGAGGAUAAAGAGUGUUACACAGUCCUCAAAGAAGCCGGCAUCAUUGGUCGUGAAGGUAAUCUGUAUGGUGCUGAGACUAGUUAUGUGCGGCUCAGCCUCCUCAAAAGCCAGGAUGACUUUGAUGCAUUGCUGCACCAAAUAAACAAGUUAGUGGCCCAGGAAGAUGGCACCAAAAGUAUUAUUUGAAGUAUACAUCAAGCAUCAGUUGAUUAUAAGCUGAUGACAUAUUUAGCCAUCAAUUACUUAGGUGUAAUAAGGGUGGCCAUGUCUAUUGUCCUGACCAAGACUUCAAAACUUCUGUUCUUGUAGUAUGGUUCAGAGCUUAUUUCAUAACUGUGAAUCUGCCUCUAGACCAUAGAGCUGCAACAAAUUUAUCAUAUAUGUUCGCAGAACUCUAUCAGAAGGUUGUAGUUUUUGGUUUACCAAGAUAUGAUAAAUCCAUUAGGAGUGGAUAGAAAUUGGAGAGUGAUGUUUC